AUGAAUUGCAGGCCAAAACUCUUUCAUGGAAAUGAAGGGGUAGUGAAUUUGACAAGGUGGAUAGAAAAGACAGAAUCCGUCUUUCAAAUAAGCUUUUGUCCAGAUGAUUGUAAAGUACGAUUUGCAGCAUGUACUUUCGCUGAUGCAACACUUACAUGGUGGAAUAGCCAUGUGAAUACAAUAGGAAUUGAUACUGCAAAUUCCAUGAAAUGGGAGGAGCUAAAAACGAUGCUAGUAGAGGAGUAUUGUCCUAGGGAGGAGAUACAUAAACUAGAACAAGAACUGUGGACCCUAACCAUGAUGGGUUCAGAGAUAAAAGCUUAUACCGCUAGAUUUAAUGAAAGUCCUGUCAUCGCUAUCACUAAGAGGAUAGCUCAUCAGCUAACCCUCAUAGAGAUCCAAGGAACAGAAGCGGUCUCAAGGGCUGAGUCUCCCAAAUCUAGAACAAACAAGUGCAAGUUUAAUAGGAAAAAUCCCAAACAAUCAUCUGAGAAAAGACAAGAAGUGGCAACCAACUACGCAACCACAACAGCAAUACCUAAUCAACCAAAAUCUUCAUGGUGCAAUCAGUGCAACCGUCAUCAUCCAGGUGACUGUUUUGUCUGCAUGAAGUGCAAGAAAAAGGGGCAUACUGCUAGUUACUGCAGGAGCACAACACCUGCAACAGUCGAUCAAAAAACCAAUAAUGGGACAGGCCGUGGUGAAGGAAGAAAAUGCUACGAGUGUGGGGAGGUUGGACAUAUCAAGAAAGAAUGUCCAAAGUUAAGGAGUCAAGGAGGCAUAGAACGUGGCAGGGCAUUUGUGAUUGGAAGCAGAGAGGUUAUCCAGUACCCUUCGGUCGUAUCUGGUAUGUUUCUUAUAGAUAAUUUUUAUGCUUCUAUACUCUUUGACUCUGGAGCAGAUCAAAGUUUUAUAACUCUGACAUUUAGAAAAUUGUUAAGUCAUAAGUCUAUCAUAUUAAAAGAAAUCUAUGAAGUAGAAAUCGCUAACAGUCAAAUUGAGAAAACACAUGAAAUCCUAGAAAACUGUCUGUUAACUCUUAAUAACUACCUUUUUCACGUCAACCUCAUGCCAAUGCCUAUCGGUAGUUUUGAUAUUAUAAUUGGCAUGGAUUGGUUAUCUUCACACCGCGCCGAAAUUCUAUGUCAUGAGAAAGCUAUACGACUACCCUUACCAAACGGGGAAGCUCUGAUUAUCUAUGGCGAUAAAUCUGGGAAGAACCUCAAAGUCAUCUCUUGUACUAAGACCUAG